GCUCUUGCUGGUCAAAGCUUAUUUGUGAUAUCAGUUCUCAACAUUCAUGCCUAUUCUAUCCACUCUCUGGCCAGACAUAUCAUAUUGACAGUUACUACCACCAUAUUAUCACCUUCCUGUCUACCUUUUGGCUCUUCCCCUCUAACUCGAAGGAUUUCAAUACCCCUAACCAAGUAGUAUAUAGAAUGCAGUGAUCUGUCUAGAAGAGGAAUUUACCAUUACCAGCAAAUGUUAGCUUGAACCACUGAAUUUUAUUUGCUAUAAUAAGUUUACUAGGUAUUUUAACUUUCAGUUCUAAUCAGUAAAUAUUAAACACCUACAAUGUGCCAAGUGUGCUAAUGGACUUCCAUUUUCUGAGGUAUACUGGGACCUACAGGAUAUAGAUCUCAGUGAUUCGGAGCAAUGGCAGAGGGAUUGCCCAAGGGGUGGGCACAAAUUGUGGGUCCUCAGUGAAAUCCAUGUAUAACUUGCUUUGGCCUUAUCUGGCAUACAGUGGGGCAGGUUUCUUACUAGUCUGUUUAUGAGCAUAUAUCUUUCAAAAGAGUAAAACAAACAGGAUUUCUAAAGAGAGGAUCAAGGCACUAAUGGAAUCACUCAUUUGCCCUCAGCACAGACACAGAUGCCCUUCAGGGAAGGAUCCACAACCCUCUCCUACUUUCAUUAUAAGGACUCUACCACAGUCACCCUGUAAACUUGAUUCCUAUGACAAUACAAAUAAUCACAUGAAGGGAGAGACAAUGCGUGUGAAAAAACGUCAUACAUGUUUCUACGGAAGGAGCUUCCUGUGCGCCUGGCUAACACCAUGAGAGAAGUUAAUCUUCUGCCGGAUAAUUUGCUUAACCGCCCUUCAGUGGGAUUGGUCCAGAGUUGGUAUAUGCAGAGCUUCCUUGAACUUUUGGAGUAUGAAAAUAAGAGCCCUGAGGAUCCAAAGGUCUUAGAUAACUUUCUACAAGUUCUUAUUCAAGUCAGAAAUAGACACAAUGAUGUGGUUCCUACAAUGGCACAAGGGGUGAUUGAAUACAAGGAGAAGUUUGGGUUUGAUCCAUUCAUUAGCAGUAACAUCCAGUAUUUUCUGGAUCGCUUCUAUACCAACCGCAUCUCCUUCCGCAUGCUUAUUAACCAGCACACGCUUUUGUUUGGUGGUGACACAAAUCCUGCUCAUCCUAAACACAUUGGAAGUAUCGAUCCCACCUGCAACGUGGCUGAUGUCGUGAAAGAUGCGUAUGAAACCGCCAAGAUGUUAUGUGAACAGUAUUACAUGGUAGCUCCUGAGUUGGAAAUUGAAGAAUUCAAUGCCAAAGCUCCAGGCAAACCUAUUCAGGUAGUUUAUGUGCCCUCACAUCUGUUUCACAUGCUAUUUGAGUUGUUCAAGAACUCAAUGAGAGCAACAGUUGAACUCUAUGAAGACAGAAAAGAGGCCUACCCAGCGGUUAAAACCCUUGUCACUCUGGGUAAAGAAGACUUGUCCGUUAAGAUCAGCGACCUAGGUGGUGGCGUCCCCCUUCGAAAAAUAGAUCGUCUUUUUAACUACAUGUAUUCCACUGCUCCUAGACCGAGCCUGGAGCCUUCAAGAGCUGCCCCUCUGGCUGGAUUUGGUUAUGGCUUGCCAAUUUCUCGUCUGUAUGCUAGAUAUUUCCAAGGAGAUCUAAAACUGUAUUCUAUGGAAGGAGUGGGUACGGAUGCUGUAAUUUAUUUGAAGGCUCUUUCAAGUGAAUCAUUCGAGAGGCUUCCAGUAUUCAAUAAGUCAGCAUGGCGUCAUUACAAGACCACACCUGAAGCGGAUGAUUGGAGCAAUCCCAGCAGAGAGCCCAGAGACGCUUCUAAAUACAAGGCACAACAAGACAAGAUCAAGACUAAUAGAACUUUCUAGAGAACUGAAUGCUCUGGUCCUCUCUGUGAAGAAAGAUCAUCUUCCGCAAGUCAACCUCUGAGCUCCUUUCCUCUACCAACUCUGAGUGUGACACCAUAGUUACUCCAGUACUGGACCUUUCCCAGAGAAACUUCCAUGUAGCUACUUCAGAUCUUCCAACUAGCGUAGUAAAUUGAGUACCUUUA